AUGAAGGACGUCAAAACGCUCCUGAAUCGCAAAGAUGGGGACGAAGAACGAUCGGGGUAUGGCGAGGAGUCGAUGGAGCAGCUGUGGGAAAAGGCUUUUGCAAAAGCGAAGGGAGAUUUGAAAUUCGACCCAGCCGAAGAAGCGCAACUGGCCGACUUUCAGGCAGCGAGCGACCCUCUCGCUCAAACACAGGCCCUUUUCCGCGAUUGGAGACACCCCCAAGAUCGGGAGUUUGGAAACAAAUUACGCGAGCCGGUGCAGCAGUGUAUGUCCUGGGCACAGAAAGCGUGCACUUAUGUCGAAGGCCACGCAAGCGGGACUGCUGCCCAAGAUGUGAGCGCAGACCUGAACACUGUUCAGGCAACGUUUCAGACAAUCACUGCUGCAAUGCAAGAGAUCGAUACUUUCGAUAAAUAUCCCGUCGUCACACCAACUGCUAAGCAAAGCCUAGGCAUGAUCUGCGAAGCCAAUCACGUUUCAGUAGGUCUAUUCAAGUCACAGCAAAGUGCACAUUCCUUUUCUCAAGAGUUGCAACUAAUGGGGUCUUCAACCAAAGCGCUUUUCGCAAAAAAGGUCUUCAAAGUGCAAACUGACUUGACCACUGGUAAAUGUGAAAAGGUUGAACAAGCGAUCAAGGGCUUCCACAAGGCAAUCAAAAUCGAAGGAUACAAUGAUACCAAAGAGAUCAAGGAUGGCGUUAACUGGCUGAUCAAGAAUACCAAUACCAAGAUGCAGCAGACUGCCUUCUCGUUCGAUAUGCACAGCAUGUCUGAAAAGGGGAAUGUAUUUGAUAAAUUGACAAAAACCCUCCAAAGCAAGCUCAAUCUCAACCUCACAGUGAUGUCUCAGAUGGCCACCCGGAUGGACUCCACUAUGCCACAGCUGAUUGAUGGCGGUUUACUGUGGGUUGAAAAGCAUGACCUUUUCAAAAAGUGGCUAUACCCGCACGGCACCUGCCCUUUACUAUACAUGAAAGGCAGUGAUGGCGUGGGAAAAACCUUCCUAACAGCACAUUGCUAUCAGCUGAUACCCUCAAUAGCCGGAAGAGAUCAAACCCUUGUUCAGAAAGAAACGGUGCGACAGCAACUUAUAGUCACUUACUUCCUGUUCGAGCCGGGCAUGCAGUACAAUCAAAGCUUCUCUAGCGUUGUGGCCUCUAUUCUAUUCCAGAUUGCAGCCCAGGAUCCAAAGUGGUGUGACGCGAUAGCCACCAAACCUGUCUUAGACUCGCGCGAUGCGAAAAUGGUCUGGGAUGAGCUCGUGCUGAAGCGAUUUGAGAAGCGAUCGCAUUCGUCCGAGCAGUUGUACAUCCUCCUGGACGGUGUUUCGGAAAUGCAGCCUAAAGAGCGUGAAUCCCUGUUGGGUCUCUUAUAUGAGACACUCGGGGAGCGAAACCAUCGUAUUUGGGUCCUCCUGACAGGGUCUCACGAUCAGGGAGAGCUCUUCCCAUCUGAUGUGGCGCAGAAAGCAUCCAUUCCCGAAAUCAGCAUGUGGAAUAAUGAUUCUCUUGGAGACAAGAUCAUUCGUCGACGCAUGAGUUCGUUGAAUAUGCUCUCACAGGUUCUACGUGAUCCGGAUGUCACCAAGGAGGUCUCGGAUUUCCUAAAGCAGUUAUCAGACGGAAACCUGUCUGUACUGGACCAGACCAUUGAUAUCAUGGAACAGUAUGGAGUCAAAGGUCCGAAGAGCUUGGGCAAAUUCAAGGAGAUGAUCGGUGAUGGAGAAGACGCCUUGGUUAGGAAUGCCCUGGCAACAUCAAACGAGCCACUUCGAAAGGCCGUCAAGAAAGUGCUUUUCUGGUGCGCGUUCGCAAAGCAGACUCUCACAGUGACCAACUUGAAUCAAGUACUUGCCCUUGAGAAUGAUCCAGAGGUGAAGGCCCUGGGGCUAGAAACUAUCCUGUCUCAGUGUCAGAACCUCCUAUUCAUGCGGCAGAUGCUUCCUCCUGACCUAGGUCCCUCGAAGUUGGACCGCGAACUAUAUUGGUGUUCCCGACCCGAGCACGAGAUAGAGAGCCCUAAGGGCAAAAGUCGCCGCACCCCGUCCGUCAGUGAUUAUCAGUACAUCGAGUUCCGCCACGCAAAGUUCAGAGAAUGUGUCAAAAAGGGUAGUUUCAUGCCUGGACUGAAUGUAAAUGCCGAGAAGGUUGAUAUAUUUGUCACUCUUUGCGACGUUCUUUGCGACCCCAACGCGGAGAAACCAACACCUCUCUGUCAAUAUGCAGCCUUCCACCUCAUCCAGCACCUAAAAGAUAUUGACAGAGACGUUGUUCCUCAGUGGCAGCAGCCCAGUACCAAAAAUGCUAAGAAAGGCCUAAAAGAUAAGGUGUCGCAAUACGUGGACACAAGGGCCACGCAACCACGGGAGAUUGAGAGUCGGCUUCUGAAGAGGGUCGGAGAAGCCUUAGGCAGAGUUCUCACUAACAAAACUGGCGUUUCUUCUAUGUUUGAAGAUAUACUAUGGAACUCGCCUGACAGGCAGAUUCACUUUGAUAUUUAUGACAUUGACUUAUCCAGGAGCACCAACGAACUUGUGCGGGCUUGGGUAGAAAAGCUUACCGAAAGAGACGAGAAAGAGAACUUGUCUCUCCCGACUCAGAUAUGGACCUGGGCUCAUGCCUUGAAGAAGCGUCCUGAAGGAAUGCUGGAAGAUCUGGCCCACGGCCAUCUUCGCAGCUGGGCCCAGAAGUCCACCGCUGAGGGCGCUAAGGGUCCAUACAGGCUCGCCUAUCGUGCGCUGUUCAAUACCGGACAGUACAAGCACUGGUCGCGAGAUGAUGAUCAGAUCAACACCAGAGUCGCUGAGAAUAUGCUUCGGCUGUGCACAGACAGGCGGACCCGGUUUGCCCAAGCGCGACUUUCCGCUGCCCUCCUCUUGUACGAGUCCACCAACGAGCAAGACCGAGAAUAUGCUCUUUUUCUGUAUGAGAAGAAUCGAUACUUGGACGAUUCAAUGUGUGCGGAGAAGCUAUAUUCCUUGCUUGGACUUGCCGAGCAUUAUGUACCCCAGCCCGGACUUGUCGCUAUCGAUGAGUGGACGAAAGUCAAAGAGUACACAGAGGAAGCUCUCAAAUGCUGGAAAGACUCAGAUGCCGCGUUACGACCUAACUUCAACCUAAAUCGAUGCAAGAGAGUCUAUAUGCUUUCUGUGCAAGCCUGCAUGGCCCUUGGUGAUAAGAAGCGAGCCCGCGAUAGAUGCACAGACGCGCUAAACAGCGAUAUCAAGACAUGCCGAGGAACAAGUGACUUCUUGACUACCCUCGUGCAAAUUUAUGCGGAGCAGGAAGACUAUCUAUCUAUCAUCAAUACGGUAGAAAAGCAGAUGUCCGGCAAAGUCGACUUUUUUAUACCCGCUUGGCUGAUGAGCCGCUCUCGCCAAACGAAUAAGGAUGACUGGCUCCGCAGAGCAGCGGUGGCAACGGGCAACGUUGAAGUCGUUAUACGAAUCUACGACCGUGCCAUCAACUAUUGGGCUUAUCAAGGGCUAUUCCAUGAAACAUGCGUCAUGCUAUCGGAACUUGCGAUCAUCUACCGAGAAGAUUGCCAGGCAAUCAGGAUGGCCGAAGAUAUCUUCAACAGGAUACUGGACGCUAUGAUGAAAGACGAGACCCUUCAAGUGGAUUCGAGACUGCUCAGUAUUAUUAUCACAGAGCGCUUCGACAUUUACCAUUAUCGAUUCAGCAAAACCAAGGUCCGCAAUUUGAGGCUGCCUCUGUGUUAUGCAGCAGCUGACCUGAUCAACAACGUCCGGGUCUCCGAUGUCAUAGAAUCCUCCGCCAAGGCAAAUGCUCUCAUAACGCUCGCAAAAAUGUUCAAAGAGAUGAAUCAUUUAAGACGGGCGUAUGAACUGGCCGACCAAGCAUUCAAGCUCUGCAUUGCCGAUUUGGACGACUGGGUCGACGACAACGACAUGUCUGCUUUCCGUACACUGGCAAAGGUUCUAAACUGGCUCAAUCUCACAAAGGAUGCCGGGAUUGCAGCGUCCCUCAUCUUCGAUCGUGCUAAUGCAGACGCGCUGCAAGUCAGCGAGGAUGAAUAUCAAAACACUUUGUCGACGGCCAUUUAUGCUCGCGACGUGCCGAAGCCUGCUGUCGAUGGAUGGAUGGGGUUGAAGGUGGACCCGAGCAGCCACGCCACUGCGCCAGCAGCCCAUCCUGGGGAGCCGCUAAGCCCACAGUCCGUCAAAAGCACUUGCACUUGUCAGUGUUCCAGUGACGACACAAACGAACCACCAACAACGGCAGUAACGACACCUAACAGCAUGCCCAUUCCGGACGAGCUUAUGGACGUGGAUGAAAGUAAUGGCAGCAUGCUGCAGUGCAUGGGGCCCUGCAAUAAGCCGAAGUUAAUGAAGUGGGACCUGGAGGCUCCCAAGUGGUAUAUGUGCCUUGACUGCCCUUCAACCGACUACUGCAGUGACUGCUACAAAAGUCGGUCUACCUAUCGGACCUCACAGAACAAGGGGCUCUGGUCCAAGGUGUGCUGGGGUAACCACACAAUGAUGGAGCAGCCAAUCAAAGGAUGGAAGGGUGUGAGGGACGGUGUAAUCCGGGUGGGAGAUAGUAGCCGGGGAGUGAGAGAUUGGCUUAUGGAUGUGAGGCAGAGAGGCAACCAAGAGAUCAAGAAGAAUUUGAAGAAAUGA